AUGAAUGUAACAUCGGAUAUUGAUUUAUCAUCAUUUUUGUUUCAUUUUGAUCAUGAUAAAAAUCUUACAUUAUCAAUUAAUCAAGAAUCAAGUGAAACUGAAUUAAUUAAUAGUACAAUAACAACAACAACUACAACAACAAUAAUUACAACAUCAGUAAAUACAAUUCAUCGUUUAUUUAAUGAUACAAGAAUUUUUUCUUCACAUCGUCCAACAGCAACAACAAAAUCAUCAACUUUAUUUAAAAAAUAUUUCUUUUUUAAAACACCAUUUAAUCGUAUUAUGCGUAUUGUAGAAUUAUUUAUAUUAAGUUUAACAUUACCAUGUUAUGCUAUUGUUUUUAUACUUUUUAUUGAAUUAACUGUACAACGUAUUAGUUCAAAUACAGCUAUAUCCGGUGGUGGAUCACGUAUUCGAACUCAGCGUCGUCGACAACGUAUGCGUAGUCUUAUAUGGACAUCAAAUUAUUUACUUGUUGAUUUUCUUGGACUUUUAUAUGAACUUAUCUAUGUAAUCAUACAUUUAACAGGUGAUUUAGCACUUAGUUCAUUAGUUGGCCGUUUUUAUUGUCAAUUACAAGUUUAUCUUCCAUUGUAUUUAACUGUUCUUAUGGCUUAUAGUUUAACAGCAAUAUCUAUAUAUCGUCGUGGUCAUUUUGUUAAUUUAAAUAAUGAAGCAACACGAUCAACAAAACGAAGUAUGUUAUUAAUUAUUGCACUUUGGAUUAUGCCAAUAAUUACAUCAAUUAUACCAGCAUAUUUAUUAAUUUAUUUAAAAAUUCUACAAAUAAAACAACAUGAAGCAACAAAUGAAUGUCAAAUAUCUUAUACAUAUGGAUCAACUGUUGUUGCAAUCUAUAUGUGUUACAGACUUGGCAAUAUAUUUCUUCUUCCAUUAUCAAUUUCAUUUGCUUGUUAUUUGACAAUAUGUAUUGAUUUAAUACGUAUGCAACGACGUUUUAGUCGAGCAUUUCAACGUCAUGUACAUAUUCGAAAAAAUCUUAUUCUUCAAAUUUUAUUUUUAUUUCUUAAUUUUGCUGUUUUUUGGUUACCAGCUGAAAUAAUAACACUUUAUACUAAAAGUCGUCUUCUUAAAGAUACUGUACAAGUAACAAAAUCAUUAAAUAUUUUACUUGAUCCAUUAAUUAUAACUGGUUUUGAUACACGUUUUUCAUCAGCAGCACAACAUUUCUUAUCCAAAUGGCGUCUUGAUGAAUUUAUGGGUUUUUUUAGUUCAUAUCGUUCAAAUAAUUUAUCAAGUGCAUCAAUUCAACUGAUGUCAACACGUCGAGGUACAAAAAUGAAACGUUUAAAACAACCAAAAUUAGAACAUACUGUUCGAAAAACAACAACUCAACAACAAAUGCUGCCAUCAGUAACUUGGAAUUUAAUUGAUGAUAAUGAUAUAACUAUUGUAGAAUCACCAUCAAAUCAUAUAUCAGUUAUAAAUGAACAACGAUCAAAACCUAUUCUACAAUCGACUAUUCAAAGAAAACAACGACAACAACAAAGGAGAAGACGUCAACAAAAAUCCGAAUCAACUAAAUCUCGACGUGAACAAAUAAUCAAACAGCAACGAUCAAAUCCAAUACGAAUUAAAAAAACUGAUAAUUAUAUAAAAACAAAAACAGAACAUGUUUAA